UUUAAGUAGACGACGGUGAAUUUUGUAAACAUGAGGUUGAUAUUUCUGGUCGCUCUUAGCUUUGCUGCUUACGUGGCAGCAGUGCCAAUGUUACAAGAGGAAAAGACUUAUCCUCGAUUUAUUGAAUUCCCCGAUGGAGACGGAGUAAUGCACACGGUGGAUCUGGAAGCAGAACCUGACAUGGAACUUCUGGAAGAGAUUAACAGAAACCCAGCUAAUAAUCGAUAUCUUCUUUAUACCAGGCGAAAUCGCAGAAACGCGCAAACAUUGGUAAUUAACAAUGCCAACUCAGUUACGUCAUCCAAUUUCAAUGGACGGGUACCAACCGUUGUCGUUGUCCAUGGUUGGCUGAGCAACCAAAAAUCUAGCCUAAAUGAUGUAAUUCGUGAUGCUUACUUAGCAAAAAGCGAUGUUAACGUAAUUAUUAUGGAAUGGAGAAGACUGGCGACUUCAGACUACGCUACCGCAGUGAGAGGAGUGCCUGCGGUGGGCCGCGGGCUGGGUCAGUUCCUGGCCUUCCUCAAUCGUGUGGCAGGAGCGCCGUAUAACACCAUGCACUUGAUUGGAUUCAGUUUGGGAGCACAUCUUGUUGGAAACGCUGGCAGGGAAAUUGGAGGAAGAGCAGCUCGUGUUACAGGUUUGGACCCUGCCGGACCUUUGUGGAGUAACAACUCAAACCGUCUUCGAGCUAGUGACGCUGUUUAUGUCGAGGGUAUACAUACAGACGGAGGUACCGCAGGAUUGGGUAUUGGAGCAGCCUGUGGUAAUGCCGACUUCUUCCCUAAUGGUGGUAAAUCACAACCGGGAUGUGGGACUGGGAUCUGCGACCACAAUCGUUCUUGGGAAUUGUUCGCUGCGACUGUCACCUACAACCACCUCGUCGGUCAGCGAUGCAACAACAUGAACCAAGUCUCCUCGAACUCAUGCACUGGUGGAAGAUUGAAUAUGGGCAAUGACAUUCUAAACAAAUCUGGAUCUGGCCUCUAUCGUCUUAAUACCGGCAGAAGACACCCAUUCUGAAUGUAUAUAAUCGUAAUUUCGACUGAUAAAUAAAAGUUAAAUAUUUUCGCAUGUUCAUAA